ACACAACACAACACAUGCAUUACCGCAAUGUAUCGGCUAAUGAGCCCCGAUGUUGGCCACCGACCAAACAUCGCUACCCGUAAUAAUAAUAGUUAAUAAUCACCAUAAUUAAUACCGGGAUAAAUAAUGCCGACUAUUAAAUGCUCGUUCAGUGGCUGCGAGUCUAAUAUAAUCACCGAAAAUAAGUUAUCGUUUUUUCGAUACCCUAUUAAUGAUCGCAAACGAUGCGAACAAUGGGUGAAAAACAGUGCCAACCAUAAGAUACGGGAGAUAUUUGGCCACAAUUUGCGUCAAUUGCGGUACAGAACUGUCUGCGAGAAGCACUUCUUCGCCUACGAGAUCAUCAGCCAUAAGAAUCGCAAACAAUUGAUCAGUUCGUCGGUUCCCAAGUACGCGAUGCCCGGACACAUGAGUGGGCCCACACCUGUACUCCCGACCGCAGCCAUCGCACAGAUAUCUACCACCGCUUCCACGCCGUCAUCGCUAGCCAUAGAUAACGCCAAUACAUUCAACCAAUCGCUGGCCAACAUAUCGUCGGUGAAUCGGCGCCUGUCGUCCGGUGCGGACAUAUCGGAUGAAUACGAGGACAUCGACGACGAUAUAGACUCGCAUUCCUCCACAUCGGAGGACAACUUCAUCGACAAUAGUCUUCGCAAUUUGGAGCAAAUCGAGAGAACCAUUAACUCUAUACUCAACAAACAGUCGCUAGAAGUGAACGGUUCCGGCGGUGAUCAUCGAACCGACGCUCAGCCGUCAGACACCCGAUGCUCUGACCAAUCGUUUGAGGACAACAACGCCGAGUGUCAGGACGAAGAUCUGGUGGAAAAGUUGCUGAACUUCGAGCAGAUCCUCACCGAAAACGACGACAAUUUCGCCUCUAAUCUCAACUCAAUUCAAUCGCUGAUCAGUCAGUCGUUUGGCUCGACUUAUGGCCACCCGUUGGGAGGCUAUCACUCGAAACAGAAGCGCAAAUGUCUGACCAUUUCGGAGAAGUUGGAGAUAAUAAGCGAUUUCAACGACGGCAUGAAGAGGACGGACAUUAUGCGCAAAUACUGUCUGCCAUACCAGUCGUCUCUGUCGGCCAUUUUGCGCAACAAAGACAAAUACAUCGAGUAUAUCACCAAAGGGUUCGGUCGCGAAGACAAACUCAAACGAGUCAAGUCGCGCAGGGGUUGGGUUGUGCCGAAGGCCACACCACUGCCGGCCAAAGUGCCAAAAGCCGCUGCGGCGAGACUGGCGCACAUGAUGGCCAACAUAGCCGGUGCCGAUAGGGCCCACUUUAGUGGCCAUAAAUUCACGCACAGGUCGUUCGCCGGCGCCGGUAGUGAUGGCUAUAAACGGUCGGUGAGAGUGAAGAAGGAUCGGCUGGCGAGUAGUCGUCCGGUGGGCCGACCGAAGGGCUCGACCACCAAAGCCGUCGCGUCGGCCUUAAGUCUGGCCAAAAACAGGCUAAACAUUGAGCACAAAGUGAGAAGGAAUGGCACAAAACGCUGUUCGGCACAGAAUUCCGGCCGAAAAGCGGCCAAAAAUGGACAAAAUGUGAAUAUAUGUGGCGACCCGUCGGCGGCCGACCGUACCGUUAGUCAGCGUACGGUUGGGAUUAGCGAACCGAUCGCCGGACCCGACUGUAUGGACAGGGAUUUCGGUGCCCUUCCGGUCCAUAAUGCACUGCAGGCUUAUAUGUGUGGGAGCGGCGCAGCCUCACAGCUGUACACUAUUCAGCAGCCCUUCACUAUAAUAGCGUAUACACACUACGGUAUAUAA